AUGCCGCUGAAAAAGUAUGGCAGUGCGAGAAAAGAGGUGAUUGCCGACCAGCUGAAGAAAAUUAAGCAUCUUCGGAGAAUGCAAGGCCGAGUGGUAAAGUUUUUUGCGCAUUUUCUCUAAUGGUCAUGAGUUUCACAGAGCCAGAAGCUGAAAUUGAAGGGUCUGUGCGAGAAAACUUUGCCGCUUUUGAUGGAAACUUGCAAAGAGAGCCCGAAAUGGAUUGGGAGCCGCCGACUGCCGAGCAAAUGAGCGAAUCAACGCGGUCAGUGAAAAUUUAUUUCAAAUUCACCUAUUUUUCGUGUUUCAGGCUGGUCAAGUGUGUCCGAUUCAGUUCGGAUAUCGUAUUGCCAUGGCAUCGCCUGAAGAUCGCGUCAAUAUCAAAGUAAGGAGCGAAAACAAAAUCUAGUUUUUUUGUGGAUAAUGGAUGAAUUUUUUCAGAAAGAGCUGGAAGACACAAGUCUUCUCGGCAUCAAGUUCGAUUAUUCGUUAAUCAACGAAACUUUCCUCGGAAACGCCGAAGUCGAUCCAAAGAUCUAUUUGUAUUGCAUUUCUGCGCUUAUGAGUAUAGUAAGUUGUCUUGCUUGUAAUUUUAUUUUUUAAAUCUAAAUGUUUUCAGAUUGAGAUGAUUCCGGCGAGACCUGUCGACGAAAGAAAGCAGAUCGAUCCGGUAAGAAGAUCAAAACGGCUUUUCCAGAAGGUUCUUUUGUAGAAAAUCUGUCGCGCCAUGAUCAAUCCGAGUGAUCUCCAAAAGUUCCCGCCGAAAAUCAUCAGAAAUCUUGACAAUUCCGGCUCGAUUAACGUCAAUCAAGCGAUGGCUUCUUUCGGAUAUCAAGGAAACACUCUCCAAUCGCUCAUCAAGGGAAUCGCCCGUCAAUGGCUGAAAGUGGUGAGCUACAAGUGAAAGAGCACCGCGUACAAAUUGAUGAUAUUUCAGGCCAUCGAAGAUCCAAACCAAUGGAAACUCUACAGUACCUCCCUGUUCCCGCAGAGAGGCCACCGCAAGUUCCCGCCGCAUCUCACAAAUGCCCCGUGCUGUUCGUUUUCCCAUCCGUUUCUAGAUGAAACUUUUUCAAAUUUCAGCUCUGAUCGUGGAUGUGAUUGUGGUCGAAGACGCUGAGAACACUCCGAGGCUCGCCGACACGAUCUAUACUCUCUUCCGCGAUCACAUCGGAUCACUAUUGUACUUUUACUCGAAUCUCACUUUCAUUUUUCAUUAUUAUCAUUCAGCAAUCAAGCUCGUGUCCGAAAGAGGAAUGAACGAGGAAUGAAACAGGAGCCGAGCGCCGAAAACAGCCACGAAUGA